AUCGGGUAGAAAAGUUUAGUUAGAAUAAGAUUUAUUUAUUUUUGAGUAAGUUUAGUUAGAAUCAGAUGAGAGUUGUAUACGAUACGUGCCCAAGUUCGAGUCCCCUGUUCUAUACUCCAGGCCCACUUAGCGAUUCCCAGGCCUAAAACGCAAACCAGGGAGAGACAGCCCAACGAGCCCCAAAUCACGUUAAGUUUUCGUUUUUUCUUCCCUCAAAUCACUCAAACAGCCAUAAACCUAAGCCUGAACUUUUUCCGCCGAAUCAAGCUAGGGCGCGCCCAACCGGGAGCUCCGCCCGUGGCCAUGGCCGAGGACUCCUUCAGUCUGCACUUAGCCGGCGCUGGCUCCUGGUCGUCGGACUCCCAUCCGAUCCCGGAGCGCAUGCCGUUGCACUUUACUGUUCCCAUCGACCCCGUGAGAGGAGCGCUCCUAAUCUCCGUCGAUGGCGAUGGGAACCGCACGCAGAUCCAUACUCCUCCCAUACCGGUAAUCCACGGCGGAAGAUUGAUGGCCACUACCCCCGUCGGCUCAGGGCCGCUGAUCUUCGUCGAUAAAACCGAUGAGUUUUUCACAGGAGACUACCCUGUUCCCGCCGGGAACUUCACGGCCUCCAGCCGUCUCAUCGCCGCAACCUGUGCUGCCUUGCGACGCCCCUGCCCCCACUUCGCUCUGUCUGAGGAUGAGGAUGAGGGAGGCGAGCAUAUCGCUGCUGAGCUUCAACCACCAGCUCAACAGCCAGGAAGUGAUUGGAUGAAACCAGAUGGUGGCUCGUCCUCGAAGGGCUUGCUAAAAACUCCGUCAUGCAAGGUCACUUCCCCAACCUGUCCGCAGGCACCGACAUUAAGUCCUGGGUCAUCAUCCAUUUUUGCCAAGCUACGAAGUGAUUGGGGUACGGAGUUCUACAUCAGGGUUGAUCGGGAGGGCUUAUUCCACACAUAUCCUGAUGUGGGUGGCCCAUUUCAGAGCACUGAACAAGCUGAGAAUGCUAUUGAUCGCUACCUUCAUGGCCGUCGGGAUCCCUCAAUGUGCGAGGAGACAGCUGGUGUUUCCGAAGAUGAGAUGGUUAUAAGACAAUGUGUUUUCUGGCCCGAUGGCACGUGGAAGAGGCGUACAAAAUCAUAUGUGCUUCAGAAAGUCCGUGAUCAAAUGCGCGAAUUAGUCCACGCUGUCGUUGACCAGUAUAAUAAGGAUCACAAUCUUACGGGGGAUUAUACAUAUGAACUCAAAGAUAUUAUGCAGCACGAACACUUCCGUGAGAACAAUAUGGGGUACCGUCAUCUGAAUUUCAUUGCAAAGACUAAAGUAGAUUAUGAUGAUGAUGGUGGUCAAGAUGAUUAUGUUGUUGAUCCUGUUGCUGUUGUUGCUGCUGUUGUUGCUCUUGAUGGUGAUGAUGACUUCGAUGACGAUUAUGAUUUGGAUUGCUGGAUCGACAAAAUAUUCAUUGUUGAACUCAGGCAAACCAAACAAGAAGGAAUAAAUGGGAGUGGAUAGUCCGUUGUUUCUGCAUGCUUGGACGACUAGAUAAUGGUCCAUGCUAUGCUUGUCUGGAAGACGUGAAGCACCCCAACAAAGCUGAUGCAUACACUGGUGGUCAUGUGCCCCCAGACGUGCUAGGUGGACUUCCGGCAAUGUGGAGCGAUUCCGAUGAAGAUGAGGACGCUAAUGAGCGUUGGAUAAGACGUAGUUAUGAGGACGAGGAACGGCGACCUUUUGUCGUCCCUUGGUAUGCCACGCCUAAGUGAAGUCUACAUGAGGACUUUGGAGUCUAAAUAUAAGGAGGUCGCCAGAGUGGAGCACUGCCGCUCCUUGCAAUCUCUGCUUUGUGACUGGAUGUAUAUUUUGCCCGCGGACCUUUUAAUGUUAAUUUACCCAUUUGUUAGACCUGAGUAGCUAUCCUAUUUCCUGUUUGUAAGCUAGAGACCAAGAGGAACCUAAGCUUUGUGAUUGGAUGCAUGUUAUGCCAGCGGCAGAUCUUUUAAUGUUAAUUUCGCCAAGUGGUAAAUCUAAGUAGCAUAGCUAUUUCCUGUUUCUAAGCUAGACACCAACAAAAGGCAUCUUGGCACUGAGUGUUGUCUUUUGGUUUAAGAUGAACUAAAGACGUGCUUUCUGGAUUA